AUGACUGCAGACUACGAGCUCUCCACUGUAGGCAAGCAGUACACAGCAGCCCAUCGUGUUUAUAUUGAGAAAGACGGCCAAAUUAUCUCCCCUUUUCAUGACAUCCCACUGUACGCAGACGCUGAAAAGAAGAUUGUCAACAUGGUUGUAGAAAUUCCACGUUGGUCCAAUGCCAAGUUCGAGAUCUCUACCGGGGAGAAAUACAACCCUAUCAAACAAGAUGUCAAAAAAGGCAAAGUUAGAUUUGUUCGCAACUGUUUUCCUUAUAAAGGAUACAUUUGGAACUAUGGUGCUCUGCCACAGACUUGGGAGGAUCCUACAGUGAUUACACCUGAUACCAAUGCGAGAGGCGAUAAUGACCCAAUUGAUGUUUGCGAGAUUGGAGAGGAGAUUGCUUAUAGAGGCCAAAUCAAGCAGGUGAAAAUUCUUGGUGUGAUGGCAUUGUUAGACGAAGGUGAAACAGACUGGAAAUUAAUAGCGAUUGAUAUUAAAGACCCAAUGGCCGAGAAACUGAACGAUAUCGAAGAUGUUGAAAAGUAUUUUCCUGAACUGAUCAAGGCCACUCAUCAUUGGUUCAAAAUUUACAAAAUACCUGAUGGCAAACCAGCUAAUGAGUUUGCAUUCAACGGAGAGUGCAAGAACAAGGCGUAUGCAAAAGCAGUUGUAGAAGAAACACAUGAAGCAUGGAAACGUCUUAUCAGCGGUCAGACACCCUGCAAAGCAGAUACUCAUGAUAUCAGUGUGUCCAAUGUAACCAUUCAGCAUUCACCAUACAAUAUCAGCAAAGAGUCGCACAAACAGGGAAAAGUUGAAAAGUAUCUCAACAAAUACAAGCGGAAAGUACGCAUUGAAGAAAAAGACGAUAAAUGGUACUAUGUCAAGGCACAUCUCUAA